UCUAACCAGCAAAGCAGGUUGGAGCAUAUAGUUUGCAACUAUGAAGAACCUAGUGCUACUAGCAGUACUGUUCCUUUCAGGAACACAAGCAAAGUACUUCCCUUGGCAGCACGAUGAGCCUCGCACUCCAGCUCAGCAGGUACGAGAGGUGUUAGAGAGCUACGUACACAAGGUUCGUGACUUGGGAAGAGACGCUGUGAGCCAACUGGAGACCUCUGAUCUUGGAAAACAACUCGACCUGAAGAUCACUGAAAAACUUGACACCUUUGGUGCCAAUGCUAUGAACCUGAGGAAGCAAAUCAAUCCCUAUGUUGAAAAUAUCAGGGAACAGGUGUCCAAAGAGCUAGAAAAGGAGCUCCCAAUAAUCAAGGAGAAAAUCCGCCCUGUCCUGGAAUCUUUCCAGAAACGUUGGGCUGAAGAUGCAAAGGCUUAUCAGGAGAAAAUCUCUCCCCUGGUAGCUGAGUUACAAAAGCAAACCAAGAGCAACUUGGAUUCUCUGUAUAAAAAGAUCACUCCCAUAGCUGAGGAAAUACGGGACAAGGUGAGAGUGGAGGUUGACUCUCUUCGUUCAAACCUCACACCUUACAGUGAUGAUGUCAGGCAAAAGCUGCUCCAGAAACUGGAAGAGCUUAAGGCCAAUGCAGGUCCCAAAGCUGAGGAGUACAGAGCCCAACUGACACAGUACAUUGAGAAUUUCAGGGAGAAGUAUGGACCCUUGGUCCAGAGCAUCAGAGAACGUCUGGUGCCCCAUGCAGAGGAAGCCAGAACCAACCUGGCAAAGAUUUGGGAAAAUCUGAGAACCAAACUCCGACAGGAUGCCUAAAACAUUUUAUCUCCCAUCUGUGAAGAUAUGUUGGUGCUUCCAUCCUCAACCUUACAUCUCUCUCUCACACAACCAAUUCUUAUCUCAUCUUAUACCAUUAACAUGAUGUUGACCCGAGAGAGGACGUUUACAUGCUGCUAGCUCUUACAUUAUCUCCAAGAGGGCAACCAGUAUUAAUAAUAUGAAAUGAAUUGCUACAUAUCCUGUAUUGUUUACAUAUUUCAUAUUAAUUACCUCCACCCUGAGGGCACAUGUUCCUCUCUCAAGAACUCUUUCAAAAUAAAGAUAUUGAUAUAUCA